AUGCGAGUCCUUUUUCCAAGUUCUACAUAUACGGAGGGCAGUCAUAGAGAGAAAGGGCACACUUCUCGCACGUCUAGUAUCGAAUAUUUCAAGUUGCACCAAGCUGGGAAAGAAGUCCGCAAUCGCGCUCGUAUUGCGUUGCAUUUUCAUCCAGACCGACCUGUUGGCGACGGCACGGUGGCAUCCGCACUCCUGGAGGAUGGCCUUUACCGCAACCAGUUCGAAACAGGCAUUUCCAGCGGCCUUGUUGCGGCCUUUCGAGGCAGUCCUCGUGACCAGUGGGAGAACAGUCUCUUUGAAGACGCCUACAGCGACCAUCGUGUUAGUCUGGCGCAUAGACCAAAGUAUGGAGCGCUGGACUUGGCCAACUCUGUUGACGGUCCGGCUCCUAGAUUUGGAUCUUGCUAUUUUCUUCUCAAGCCAGCCGUCUCAAAAAAGUCGGCAUUUACAUCUGGCGGUUCACAGGACGCCCCCAAGCUCAGAGGGACAUUAGACCUGUUCGCACCUAUUCUCCAGGCCUUACUCGAAGAGUCCUUCACAAGAGACUUCAUGCUCGGGAUAUCUGGUAUUCGCCCACCUCAAGUCGUUGAUCGUUUGUGCAAUUUAUAUGGAGCUGCCGACACACGCUCUGCUUCUCCAAGUCGCAAUCUUGAUCACAUUAUCGAGGCACAGAUUCAUGGAGACAUUCGCCUAGCUCGUGAUGUUGACACCUUGGUCGUAGAUGGUGGCUCCAGGAGCACCGGGAUAGGGCGCUGCUUAGAAGGAAUAGGCCGCAAAUACAAGUUUACGGUGCAAUAUUAUCAAGGCUUCAAGUUGGAUGUGCAGUCGGUGCCAUUGGACUUCAGAGGACCGAGUAUGCCAUCCCUUGCUAGGCGCGUUAAUAAGGACGGCUUUGUGGACACAGCGGCGAUAGGGCUGGCUGUUCAACAUCUUGCCAGAAGCCCGCAUGCGUGGGCAGAUAGAGGCACAUAUUCCGAGGUUCUGCAAGAGCUUAAGCUACUAUUGCAUGUACUGGUGCGAUAUGGAUGGUGCGAUAUGGACAGUACGAAUUUCUGUUUACAGGCAUCGUAG